UGUUGGUACAAAAGAUACUAUUAUAGAUCUGUCCUCUGAACUUAAAUAUCAACUUCAUCUCCCCCCCUAUCACCAUCAUCCUCUCUUUCUCAUUUGUGAACAAUAAAACUCCACAGUGCCAGACUUUCCGUUUCCUUCUGAUGCAGUUUCCAUUUCCAUUUCCUUUCCCACAAAAUAUUCACUGCAAUAAAUUCUAAAUUCUGAAUCAUCCACUUGUCAUUUAUUAACGCAUACCCAUUUCCCCUAAAGUCUCUCAUAUCAUAAACACAAAUAUAUAUUCACAAUUUUAUUUUCCAGAAAUCUAGAGAAGAAGAGAAAAAAAAAAGAUCCCAUGGAGAUGACAAGAAGCCACUUCUUAACAUUGUUACUCGGAGUCUCUAUAUCAGCAUUAGCCAUCCUACUCUUGUUCAUCUUCUGCACAAGAAGAAAACAUUCAUCUACUGAAUCUGAACAACACGACGUCGAGUCCCAUGGAUUCUCCUCAGAGGCAGAGAAGCUCGUGACGUUUCGCGGCGGCGAAGAUCUCACUAUCUGCGAUAUCCUCGAUGCUCCCGGAGAAGUCAUCGGAAAAUCAAGCUACGGCACUCUGUACAAGGCUUCCUUGCAACGCAGCGGUAAAGUUAGAGUUCUCAGGUUUCUCCGACCGGUUUGCACUGUGAGAUCGGAUGCUAAGGAGUUUAGCGGCGUCAUCGAGACGCUUGGGCUUGUUCGACAUGAGAACUUGGUUCCUCUGUUGGGUUUCUAUGGUGGAAACAGAGGAGAGAAGCUUAUGGUUCAUCCUUUCUUCUCUUCCGGGAAUCUUUCCGACUUCACCGCAAGUGGAGAUGAUGAAUCAGUAAAAUGGAUCAACAUUUUACGCAUCACUAUUGGAUUAACCGAAGCUCUUGAUUAUCUUCACAAUAGGAUGCAGAAACCGAUAGUCCACGGCAAUUUAAAAUCCAAGAACGUUCUUCUGAACUCGAGUUUCGAACCUCGAGUCUCUGAUUACGGUUUGCAUCUCCUCUUAAACCUCACGGCAGGACAAGAGAUUCUUGACGUUUCUGCAGCCGGGGGGUACAAAGCUCCUGAGUUGAUAAAGGUGAAGGAAGUGAGCAAAGAGAGUGAUGUGUAUAGUCUCGGUGUGAUCAUGCUUGAGCUAGUCACUGGUAAAGAACCGAUAAAUAAGGAUCCAACAGGAGAUGAUGAGUUCUAUCUUCCUGAUUUUGUGAGGAAUGCUGUUAUUGAUCAUAAGCUGUCUGAUCUAUACCGUCCUGAGAUUCUCAAGAGUAGCGGUGAUAUGAGUGAAGAACGUGUCCUCAAGUAUUUUCAGCUUGCAUUGUCUUGCUGCUCUCCUUCGCCUUCCCUUAGGCCAAACAUCAAGCAGGUCUUGAGGAAACUCGAAGACAUCAAGAAAUGUUAGAAGAAUUUUGGAAUGAUUGAGAGUAAGAACGAAAGAAGGAACCAAUACAACUCUUUACAAAGGUUCAUGAUUAAAAGGUCAUAGUCAAAGGAAAAAUAGGAGUUGCUUCCGAGGUAAAAGACUUCUGAUAUGAUCAGUGGCCUGAGGAGAUGUAGAACAUUGAUGUUAAUGAAGAUAACAUGGAACAAAGUUAUUACGAGAGUAACACAAUUGUAAAGAGGAGAGGAUUGUACUUAGAAGUUUACGCAUCUUGAGGGGUCGACUAUCUAUUUCUUCACGAGAACUAUGGUAUAGUGCUAUAUGUCUCCGAAACUAUUGCCUCUAUUUAUAUUCCACUGAGAAUAAAGUUUCAUUCCUAUUU